AGGGGGAAAAGAGAGCUAGAAUGAGGGAAUGAAAAUUGUACCUCUAUUUACAUCAAGUAAUAAAUAUAGUAAGCAGGAACAUACUGGCAAAGAGUAUUUUUGAAUCAUUUUUUAAACUAUACAAGAAUGUACCAACAGAUUACAAUGUACAUAAUAUGCUAAAAUUACUUUUAUCAGAAAGCUGUAGAAUGUUCUUAAACAAAGAUCUAGUUGUCAUUAGAAUUAUCAACAUCUUACACUCACAAAAUUAUGGCUGACUUUGACUACUGCUGCCUUAAAAAAUUCAGUUCAGACAGUUAUAAGAACUGCUUGCAAAAAGGAGGAAAUUAUAUGUUAAACUGCAAAUAUUAGUUUUGUAUCACUUCAUAUAAUUAUCCGAUAUGUACUGCAUGAAGGGGCUUAUUUACAAUGUAAACACUGCACAAUACAUGUACUGACACACAAAUAUAAGAACUCUGGUCUUUAAAUUUUAGGUCUCUGACCAAGGAUUGCAGACAUUGGCAUAAUAGACACUACACUAAGUAUGGAUACAUUGCUCCAGACAACAGUGAACACAGACAUCAGGGAGUGAAAGUAUGCAGAUACCACAGACAUUUUACCUUGCAUUCAGCUGAUUGCGCUGUUUAUUUCUGUGUUAAUUCCAUCUUAUAUAUAUCAGUGUAGCCCUGGCCAUUCAAGUUGCGAGCAAUUCGUAUCAUAAUAUCUAUGCCUCCAAAGUUAAAUUUUAUAAUCCACAUCAGUAAUGAUUUUGGCAAGGUUACCGAAAAUGUAACCAGGAUACCUUCUUCUCUUAUUUGUGAAUUCGAAAAGGAAGUCAUACUGCAAAGUUGUUAAGUAAAUGAAUGAAAUCAUAUGUAAUUCAGUAAGCAUUUUGAUUUUUUAACAUGAUUAUAAUUAAAAUGUCAUGUAUGGUAUUUGCCUUGUAAACAUUGUUUUUAAUCUUAAUACAUUAAAAUAUCAUUAACUGUCUGCAGAUAUAUAUAUAUGAAAUCUUAUAACCAUUUGGUUUGAGGCAAAUGCAUAAGAUUGUCUUGGCAUUGUAUGACUUUCUUCACAAGCAGAUAGCAUCAGUGUUUUAAGUCAGUGCCAUGUAAGGAGUUAAAGAAGCUAUCUUUAAAAUAAUUUUACAGAUUAUGAUAAAGAUCUAACAGAAAUCACCACAAAAUACAUAAUAUUACAGCUUCCAUUUGGAAUACACUUUAAAUUGAAACUUGCUUAUUAAAAGUGCAUGUAAAUGAGAGGCCAGAUAAAUUUCACUCCACAGGUACAAUAUAAAGGAGUGACUCCCUAAUUGGUUCUCAUAUAUUUUCUGCUACUGUUCUGUCAUCCCAGAUAAUGCUUAGUGGAUGUGACAGAAUCCAAUUACAUCUUUCAGAUUUAAUUAUCUGUGAAGUUGAGUGGCCCCUUGUAAUUGGUUAGGUGGGUAAGAAAAAGUUCGUUGAAUGCCAUUUCCAAUAGGACCUAUAAAGAAUUGGAGUGCUCGGUCUGCAAGUGGAAGAUGGUUCAUUUGUACGGUAAAUUAAAGUAUGUGAAACUCUUGACACAGAUUAAAGAAAAAUAUUAUCAAAUGAAACAGCAUGAAAGGCCUAUAAAAGCACACAAUAUUUUUGGCUAGUUUUGUCAAAGUUCUGGAAGCUUGGAAGUAUGUAUUAUUUUAAGUAAUUGGCUCUCAUUAAGCAUACUGUUUCCAAUACAUAUCAUUAUUCUUGAAUUUGAUUUUACUCCUGUUGUGGAUAGCUAUUCUGUUUGUAUUUUAUAAGUAGGGUAAUACAAAUGUUUCCUGAUUUCCACAAUUUGCAGGUCUCCUACAGUUCCGAUAGCUCAAAUGACAUUAUUUAAAAUUGCAGAAAUAAUUUAUUCUUGAGCCACUUUUUAAAGUGGAGACCAGUCAUGUGUCAAGAAAAAUAUUCAGUACAAGUUGCUGGUUUGACCAGUGACAUAAAGUUAGUGGCUGCUGUAAUAUCACAUUUUGGUGAAUAAACUCACAGUUUUGUUGUUAGGUGACAAAGCCAACGAAUUGGGGAGGGGGGGUGACAAAGUGAUCUGUAAUGUAGCCCAUUUGGAGAGGGGGGGGGGGGGGGGGGGGAGAAUCGCCACUGAUAUCGUAUUAUAGUCAUCACAUUGUUUACGCCAUUUUAUCAUGUUUCCUGCAUCACUAGUCACAGCAGACAAUUUGUAUCAAAUACUCCUCUUUAUCUUCAGUUAGCUGAGUCAAUUUUUUUUUCAUCUAUUCUCUUAUAAUUAUUGACUGGAGCAGUAAAGUGAAUAAUUUGACAUGCCUUCACUACUGACAGGCACUCUUACCAAUUUACAACAAUAACUUAUGUCAGACAAAAUGAAGAGGAAAUGGCAGCAAUUGGUCAAAAGAUCACAUAGAUUAAAUAUGCAAUAGUAUCACAAAAAACUGUUUACACAUUACAAAACGGGUCCCCUUGUAACGUUUUAUUGAAAUACUCUUUCAUUUUGCCGUCAGUCCACUUUCAAUCUGCAGCAGCCUCAUAUUCACAUGGUAUGAAUUUACAGGCAGUUUAUGUGUCAUACCAGGGGCAGCUAGUCGCUGGAAGCAAGUUGCUGGUGAAAAUGUUUGGAAUUUAUACAGAUUUUGCUGUUAUGCACGUAAAUAAAUCACUGCGGUGGUAUUUAGUUACUUAGACAUUAUGUAAUUCAAGAAGUUAUAUGUAACAUAAUAACACCACUACCCUUUAUUUAUUUUUUUUGUAUAUAAAUUCCAACUAUUUUCACUGGAUCCUCUAUUCCAGCAACUAGCUGCAUCUGAUACAAAACAUAAACUCCCUGUAAAUACGUAACAUCUGAAGAUAAGCAUGCUGUGGCUCAAAAGUUAGUUCAUGGAAAAACAAGAGCGCCUUUAAAUUAAUAAUAAUAAAAGCAGUAACAGUGCAAAGCGUUUUAACCACGGCUGCAGGCUCAAUGUCCAUUAUGGAUAAAUCUAUUAACAUGCAAGCAAAAAGGAAGUAGAUGAAGAUAAGCUGGGAAGUAUGAUACUGCAACAAGACUUUCACUGAGUUGAAACACCAAAGUCAAAACAACGCCCUUGGUACAUGGAACUUCAUCACAACCAUAAUGCUUGGGAAAGCUUAAAAACUAAUGAUUAACAGUGUGUGCCAUCAGGCAGGAAAUAUAUUUGUAUUUACUUAAAUGGAUCUCAUCACAGCUGUUGCAUUUUCAAUGUGCACUUUUUUUAAAAAAAAUACCUUCUGAAAAUAUAAUAUUCCAGUAAAAACAAAGGUAUAUCGUGUCUGUUUCAAAAAUUUGUACAUUGUUUUCGGUUAUUUUCUAAUAUGACGGGAAGAUAAUUUAAAGCUUGGGCUUCUCUUUCUCCUGCACAGUGAGUCUUUAAAAGUACUUUUUUUAAUUAACAUCUCAGUUAUGAAAAAAAAAAAUCUGGUCAGAAAAAAGGGCGGGGGAUGGGUGGUAUGUGUUUAAACAGUACUACUUCUCUCCCUUCCCGUGUUUUGAAGUUUAUGUAUGUGCAUUAUUUGCAUCAAAAUACCUUUACAUAAUAUGCAUUUCCUGAAUCUACCUUGCUGAUUUAGUUUUUAUAAUGAAAAGUCCAUUAUAAUGGAUGGCGAAGUGUGUUAAAAUACAGUGUUAACAUACACAGUAGGUCACGCGACGGGUCAGUGUGUUAGCGAACUUUAUCUAGCAUUCACAUUUCCUGGUUUUGGCAAACAGCAAACAAAUUAUCGUCUUCCACCUAACCUAGAGACCUCAGGCUACGUUACAGAUCAGUCACCAAAACGACGUCCUCGGGGAUGGAGUCAAUUUCACACUCGUGCCCGUUCACAGUUUUCCUUCAUUUCCCGAAGGAAAAACAGCAUUGUUAACUGCUGUUCUGCCUACCUCCCAACCCUUCUUCGAAAUCCAGUUCAAAUUAUACCAAAUGGCUAGCCAAACAUUAUACACUCACAAGUGUAUAUAUGUACAAAUUAUAGCUUUUGUAAAUACUAUACAAAACUAGAUAAACUUGUCAUUGAAAAAAAUGAUGCAUGAGUGAACAAAUAAUUAUAAGUUCGAUUUAUUUGGACGACAAAUAAAACUUUAAGAGGCAAUUCACUCUUCAUAUCAACAGCUACAAAACCUUCGAUGCAUUGAUACUUCCGCAUCUUCACAAAUUUUAUUGCAUUCUCCCGAUGAUAUCCGCAUAUAUUAACGUUCCAGCAGCGCAUAUCCGCAUACACUACAUGGCUGCCCUCUUGCGGCCAAUGUUCGAACAUCGUGUGCCAGCAUAUUCUAUGGACUAGGUUUGACCAUUCAGAUCGCUAGUUGUGUCCAUUUUGUUAGGUGAUUGGAGAGUAUCUCAUAUUCGCAGUGAUUGGUGCUGGGACAGUUCUUACAAACGCGGGUUUUGUAAUUCUACUGUGUAAAAUGCUGUAACUACAUACCUGCAAAUAAAUAAAACUGAUAAGGAAGUGUGCACACCACCAAUCAUGUCCGUUUUCUUCGUAAAUACCGCUGAAGGGGAGAGUGAGCCUGAUGCAUCUUCAGAUGGUAAUUCAAACCCACAAGCGCAAUCGGAGGCACAUCAGGCAUUGGCUACGUUUUGGGAUCGUGUUACAGAUGAAAUAAAAAAGAUUGGAACGAUGGACUUGAAAACGCAAGCACUGCCUUUAGCCAGAAUCAAGAAAAUAAUGAAAUUAGAUGAAGAUGUUAAAAUGAUAAGUGCCGAGGCGCCAAUGCUAUUUGCUAAGGCUGCUGAAAUCUUCAUUCAUGAAUUAACGUUAAGAGCGUGGAUACAUACUGAGGACAACAAGAGGAGGACAUUACAGAGAAAUGAUAUUGCUAUGGCUAUCACAAAGUAUGAUCAGUUUGAUUUUUUGAUUGACAUUGUUCCUAGAGAUGAACUAAAACCAAAUAAAUCUAGAGAUGAUGGUGGAGUUCGAACGACUUCAAUGAAUCCUGAUCAGGUACACUACUACUUUCAACUAGCUCAGCAACAUCAAGCAGCUCUCCAGCAGACAAAUCAACAAACUGGAUCAGCAAAUCAAGCAACUAUUCAGAUAGUACAGCCUGGACAGGUUCAGACUGUUGCUAUUCCUAAUGCUGCAGUUGAGCAGGUGACACAAGUUGGGACAAACUCCGCAACAACAACAACGGUGCCUGCACAGCAGCAUCAGGCAGCUGCACAGCAGCCAGCGCAGGUCAUCCAGCUGCAGCAGGCAGGGCAGGUCGCUGCUGCACAGCCCGCAGGCGGGAUACAGAUAGUCCAGCAAAUUGUUGCCCCCUCUGGGGACAUACAGCAAGUACCGAUUCAGUUAACUCCGCAACAACUACAAAUGAUAAGAAUGCAGAUGCAAGGUGGUACAAAUCAGCCAAUUAUAAUUCAGACGGCCCCACUACAGACGAUACAGCAGGCAGGGCAGCCUCAGAUCAUACAGGUUGCCCCGCAGUCUGGAGGGGGGACGCCUGUUUAUCUGACUCAAGCAGCUGAUGCUACAAAUGGGGAAAAUGAGUAAUUAAGGGCACUCAGAAUAUUUUAUAAUGUGAAUUGUCCACAGUGAAAUGGACAGACUUCAAAUAAACCUAUCAAGUUGCUGUGAACUUUAAAAUUUGUGACCACAAAUGCGCGUGAAUGUUGGGGACCACCAGCUACCCUCGAUAGUUAUUCCUGUAUGCUAGCAUACUGCGAACUUGGGAAACAAUAUUCUCACACCCAUGUUCCACUGGCUCAUUCGAAGAGUUUAGUGUUAUUUAUAUUUAAAUGACGACUGUUUUCAACUUUUGACUUUUGUACAAAAGGAAUGAAGUGUGUUUCAUUUAAAGUAUGUUCUACUUAAUUGUAUAUGCAUGUGUGAGUGUGAAUGUGCAAUAACUGGAAAUUUGUAGGUCCAGAUCAAUCUACAUAUGUAACAUCCAAAUGCAAUAAUUGUGCAGUAAUUUAUUUUGUGUAUAGUUGUAAUAAAAGUUUUCAUAUAACAACCA